CAGAAGUUAAUAUUAGCCUGAGUGUGUCAACAUUUAAAUGCUGCAGAGGAAAUGUCAAUGACUGUAAAGGAAGUACAUGCAUGGGUGCGUCAUGCCAGAGGUACGUUUUGCAGCACAACACCUUAAAAAAGGAAAGUCAGCUGAAAAGUCGCUUUGCAAACGUUUGCUGCUCAGGGUAUUUCUUGCAGCUAUAUAGACAAAUAUCUGUUUGUUAUAGAUUUAAUGAGAAAUUAAGUUAUGGAAAUUAUUAGAGGUAGUUUGGAUGACAUUUCUCGACCUUCAUCUAGUGAGAAAAUGAGCCGUGUGUCCAGAGUUCUUCCUACCACACCAUUUGAACUUGGUGUUUUGACCAACGGUCCUGCUGAUAACAAGAAGCACAUCUAUUCCCAAAAAUCAACAAUGUCCUCAUCUAAAGAUUCUGACAAAGAUCCAUCUCCCACUGAGGUUACAGAGGAUGAGGAUUCAGAGCUGCAGAAAGCUUAUGAUGAAAUGAGGCGACUUGAUGAAGUGCUGUCUGCAGAAAUCUACAAGUUAAAGCAAAUCCGUCAGCAGAGGAAAGCGCUUCAAGCAAAACUCUGGCUAAAAUUCCUGAAAGAAACACAAAAGCACUCAGAAUGUGCACUGGAAGCUUUAAACACAGAGCGGUUCUUGGCUUUAGAAGCAUCUAUGGGUGCUGCUGAAGAGGAGAACUUUGUCUUAUUGUUUGAAACUCAGGUUCCUGACUGGCAGCAGGAUGCAGACAAACAAGACAGUAAGCAAAGUGAACAGAGGUCAGACGGCCCGACUACAUUGCAUAGAGGAAGUGAUGAAGAUGUUGAGGAUAAACAAUUUCAAAUCACUAAAAGUUUCAAAGGCAACAAUAAACAGACAGACUUCAUCAAGAGGAACAUUGAGCUAGUAAGCAGUGAGGUGGGCCAAGUGCUUUUGACUCCUAGUGAAAAACAACGUCUGGCUCUGCUCCUCUGUGAAUUAGAUGAAGAAGAAGAGGACAGUGCCAAAGGCACAGACAGUGAGGCUGUGUGGACUGCAUCAGCUCUGACAGGCCAAGGUUACACCCCCGAGCCCUUGGUUCUGGAGCAACUGAUGGAGAUUGACUCUAAAAUCCACCUUCUUGUUUCUGAUGAAGAAUUGAUCUCUCUGCAAAGUUUUUUCAAAAACAUGAGCGUAUUUCAGGGCCUCGGCUCCGAGGCUAGCUGGAAGUGGGAUAUGGACUGGCAGCCAGGAGAGAAGGCCCUGCGGGAUAUAAAGGAAAGGAGAGAGCAGGAGACGCGACUCCUGGAGAUUCAAGGGCAGCUGGAGCUCCUGGGCCUCAGCCAGGAGAUUAAUGAGAUGGUGACUGUCUGUGAAGACUCUUCUACAGAAAGAGUCACUGAAUCAGGAGCCACAUUGCCUGCUGGAUUAACAUCAGCUGACAGAAUCCAGGACCAGGACCACCAGGGAUGAGAUGCAACGUCAGGGGACAGUUAACGACAACAAACCUGGCCCGUUUAGGGCUUCUGUCAGUUCUAAUUGUAUAAUUAGUGAUAAUUUCAGUCUUAAAUUAGCAAAAAUAUAAAUACAUAUAUACAUGAGUUUUGUAAGAAAACAACAUCAGAAAAAAACUGAUCUAAAUUUUGAUAAAUCAUGGAUUCAAGCUUAUGCAGCUGGAUGUAAAUUUAAAAAUGUGUCUUGUGAAAAGCUGUAAAAAUGAUCAAUUAAAGGUAAAGGAUCAGUAGAAUACUGUCUAUUUACGACUUAAAACUGUUCUUUUUACCUCUAUACAGCAAAUUAAACUCUGCUGGGGCUCACAAUGGCCCAGGAGGCCUGAAAUGUAGCCUAACUCAACCUCUUAAAUUAGACCUCCAGUGAAAAGACUGGAUUUCUCUGCUCACUUGGUCAGGAUAUGAAAAUGCAAUGAGCUGCUUGCCGAUUGGCUGGUCAAACCAAAUGGCUCCACAGCAUUACAUGAAGCUAUAAUUCUGUAAGCCACGGCCAACUUGCAUAUAUUGCGGAUGCUGAGUGGGUUGGGAAAUGCAGAUGUAAGGAGGCGUGGCUUGCUUAUUACAUUCCAUGCUGUAGUACUUUUUUAAAACACAGAGCAGUUUUGUUUACCUGUUUUCCCGCUACGUUUCGUUUGCGGCUGCAAACUUCCUCAGGCUGAUGCUAAUGGUGGUAUCACUUCCUUCUCCGUUUAUCUGCGGGCAGCAGAGGACGUCGUCGCCCUCUGCUGCCCGCUCUCCCCUAAACUAAAGGAGAUUACAAUAGAACUUAUUUAGCCGUGCACCCCCUUCUAUGUGCCGACCAUGUCGACGCA